UAUUAUUUUAUAUUGCCAGCUUAGUUUCCUUUAAGCUGUUUGUAGCGCUAGCUUGGUCUGGAAUCGUGUAGUACAAACCGGUGGGGGAAAAGCAUCAAGUGCUUAUCUAGGGUUCUGUAUCUAUUGCCUAAUUGCCUCGGCGCUACUGUUUUCGCCACUCUUCAAUCGCAGACUUCUACCAGCUAAUCAAUUAUAAUUGGUAGAAUGCAAGGAGCAGUUCAAGCUUUUUUAUUGCGUGGAAACACUGUGAAAAAUGCGCUCUUGCAACACAUUCGGGUGGUCAAUCCAGUUAUGCGACCCAUUAUGUAUUCCCGCUUCGAAUCGGUUUCAUCUACUAGUAUGGAAGAGCAUGGAUUUGAGAGCACCACUAUUGCAGACAUUUUGAAAGCAAAAGGUAAAGGUGCAGAUGGCUCCUGGCUUUGGUGCACUACAGAUGACACUGUGUACAAUGCUGUGAAGUCGAUGACUCAACACAAUGUUGGUGCUCUGGUGGUUGUAAAACCUGGGGAGCAGAAAUCAAUUGCUGGUAUCAUCACAGAGAGAGAUUAUCUAAGGAAGAUAAUAGUACAUGGAAGAUCAUCCAAGUCAACUAAAGUUGGGGACAUCAUGACUGAAGAGAACAAGCUCAUUACGGUCACACCUGAGACCAAAGUUCUGCAAGCAAUGCAAUUGAUGACAGAUAACAGGAUCAGACACAUUCCAGUGAUUGAUGAGAAGGGAAUGGUUGGUAUGGUUUCCAUUGGAGAUGUUGUUCGUGCUGUGGUGAUUGAACACCGUGCGGAGUUGGAUCGCUUGAAUGCUUACAUACAGGGAGGUUACUAGAUGAUGAUGAUAAAAUCUUGUAUGUUUUCACCUGUUUUAUUGCAUACUUGUUGGACAUAAGAGAACUUGCAAAUAUGCUCUGUUUUGUGCAUCUUCUGUCACGUGGCUUUAUCUUUAGUACAUGUCAAUACGCUGUGUUUUGUAAUAAUACCGUGCGGACUAACACCAUGUUGACUCUGUUUAAUGAUAAGCAUUCUCGUGUUGCUUCCUA